GCUACCCAGUGCCCAACUCAUGCGUCCAACUGAAAGUCCACAGAAGCUGCUCUGCUCUACUGAGCACAUCCAUGUUUUACUCAAUCUCCUUUCGGUUUUUUCUUGUAACUUGAUCAUUGUUCCCCUGAAGAAAGCCAGGGGGCAGGGAAACCAUGGAAGAAGGGCUACUAACUCUAUCAGGGUCAAAGUCCAAUAAUAAUGAAGCUUCAGGUAGUUGCAGUGACGUCAUAAACCCAACUGGGUCCUCCUCAUCGGCCACCCUUGUUGUGGUUCUGAGCACAUUGGUCGCACUAUGUGGUUCCUUGGGCUAUGGCUGUGCUGUAGGAUAUUCAUCCUCUGCUGAAUCAGGAAUUCUGGAAGACUUGGACCUUACUGUUGCAGCAUACUCAGUUUUUGGUUCAAUAAUGACGAUUGGAGGAAUGAUUGGUGCACUAGUAAAUGGGAAGAUAACCGAUCUCAUUGGUCGUAGAGGAGCAAUGUGGCUGUCUGAAACAUUCAGUGCUGCAGGAUGGCUCACCAUAGCAUUUGCACAGAAUGCUUGGUGGCUUGAUUUAGGACGGUUGUCAGUGGGAUUUGGCUUUGCUGUACUGUGCUACGUGGUACCUGUAUACAUAGCAGAAAUAACACCCAAGGAUCUUAGAGGAAGAUUUACUUCAGCUUGUCAGUUGAUGAUUAGCUGCGGCUUAGCACUAGCGUUUUUCCUUGGAACUGUCAUAAGCUGGCGGACCUUGGCUGUUAUCGAGUCUCCAAGGUGGCUGGCCAAAGUUGGUAGGCACAAGGACUUUGAAGCAGCUCUUCAGCGUCUGAGAGGAAAGAAUGCUGACAUAUCUCAAGAAGCAGCUGAAAUCAUGGAUUAUACAGAAAUGUUUCAGCAGCACUCGGAAAAAGUCCUAGACUUGUUCCAAAAGAGAUAUGCUUACUCAGUCAUUGUUGGAGUUGGGCUCAUGUCACUGCAACAAUUUGGGGGUGCUAAUGCAGUAGUAUAUUAUGCAAGUUCUAUAUUUGUAGAUGCAGGUUUUUCAAGCAGCAUUGGGACUAUAACAUUGUCUCUCAUUGGGAUUCCUGGUAUUGUGUUGAGUGUGCUCUUAACAGACAAAGUCGGAAGACGACCACUUCUAAUGGUUUCUGCUGGCGGAUUGUGCCUGAGUGCCCUUGUUGUGGGUUUGGCAUUCUUCUUUCAGGACAUCAACUUCUGGAAAGAGCUCACUCCCAUUUUGGUGUACAUCGGCUUGUUGGGUCAAAGUCUAUCAUACACAAUAGGUAUAGCAGGAUUACCCUGGGUUAUUAUGUCAGAGAUAUUCCCCAUAAACGUUAAAGGUACAGCUGGAAGCCUGUUGAGUUUGGUGAAUUGGUCCUGUGCUUGGAUAGUAACGUACACCUUCAAUUUCAUGAUGGAAUGGAGCUCAGAAGGGACAUUUUUCUUCUUCUCAGCCAUUUCUGGCUUAACAGUUCUGUUCGUAGCAAAGCUAGUGCCAGAGACAAAGGGGCGAAACCUAGAAGAAAUACAAGCAUCAAUGGCCCAUUUCCUCUGACAAUAAAAUGAAAUGUCUCCAUUCCAUCUAUGAAGGAAGAUCGAUCUUUCCUUCUUUUUUUCCAACCAGAGGCUGUCUAUACACAGAUGGUCAAUAUGCAUGGUAAAAUAGCAAAAUCUCAUCACUUUUUUGCCUCUGUCUUGUAUCAUAAUGAUUGAAAAGGAGUUAUACUCCUGCAAAUAUGGGACUCCGUUAUCAUGGAUUUGCACCACCCAAUUUGGGUUGCUAUAUUGCGUCUUUUGUUCUUUCAUUUUAAGUACAUAUAUCUUACAACAAUAUGAAUUU